AUGGCCAACAGAGCGUCCAAAGGCAACAAGCCUGAAGAUGUCGACGAGUUCGUAGAGCCUGCUCGGUAUCCUUCUCCACCGCCUCACAUAACGCAUAUUUCACGCGGUGUCCAUACUCCUUCGUUCUCUUCAUUUCAACCACGAGAUCUCCGAUUCACGUCGAUUCAUCCUGUAACACAUGUCGCUUGGAGCUGUGAUGGACGCAGAUUAGCGUCUGUUGGGAUUGACAAAGCCGUGAGGAUAUGGACUCCCGAGAAGAGUCUUGAAUCCCGUAGUGCCGUCCAAUAUGUCGGAGGACACGACUACGACGUUGACUAUGUGACAUGGAAUCCGACUCAUCCAGAGCUCUUCUGUACUUCAAGCCAAAGAGAUCGCAAGAUCGUCUUCUGGGAUGCCCGGCAAAGCCGACCAGUUCAAGUUAUCACUCCGAGUAGCAGUUACGCCCCGUCGCAGAUUAACUAUGCACCCGAUGGGAAGACCAUUUGUUUCGUCUUGACAAACAACCAAUUGAGUUUCAUGACCCACGGACAUGCCGCAGGCGAGGCAAAACCUCAAUGGAGUGUCAUCAAAAGUGAACCUCUCAGCGCUUCAACAGCUUUAUUCAAUCACGCAGGGAACGGAUUGGUUCUAAGCCAUUUCCGUCAGAACACGGUGAUGAUUGUGGAUUAUCCGUCCCUACAAAUUCGUGAACAACCCGCUGCACAUGUUGGAGGUUGUUUGGCUGUCGCAUUGGAUCCUCGCGGAAGAUAUCUCGCGUCAGGUGGAAACGACUCUAUAAUCGACAUUUUCGACAUGACUGAAUGGAUCUGCGUGAACACCAUUACAUGCUGCGACCACUCAAUCACGUCACUAAGUUUCUCGCAUGAUGGGGAAUACCUUGCAGUAGCGAGUCAAGGCUCGUAUAUUGACGUGUGUGCUGUGGAAACUGGCUUACCCCUACAUCGCAUACAAUCCAUUGGUCCUGCUUCUGCAGUUACAUGGCACCCCUCAAAACACGUGUUGGCGUAUUGUGGACAGCAGGUCCGAGAGGGUGCUCCGCAGAUAGCGUAUUUGAGUUUAUUCGGACCUGGCGUGUAA